AUGAAGCAACCAGUUCACGUUGUCGGCUGGAUGAUCUUUGUGCUCCUGCUUGGUGUAUCAGCCGAGCACGAGAGCAUUCUUUCUGCCAACAGGAGAAUAAUGGACCAAACACAGCGCAUUAUAGACGAAAAUGGCGAUCGCUGUGAACUCUUUUACGACUAUGCCAAUGGCAAAGAUGGCGGAAAACCUUUAUAUGUAAUCUUGCAAGAGAGGAUGGAUCCCAAGCUCUUUGCCUUGUUUGAACAUCUUAAGUUUAGAAACUUUGAGGAGGAAAGUCUGGAGGAGAAGGCCCUCCAAGUGUACACAGCUUGCGAAAAGGCAAUGGAGGAGGAGCCAGAAUUGAAUUAUUGGGAUUUGGUACAGCCGGAUGUCGAUCUCCCCUGGCCACAAAAUACUCCACCCGGCAGCCUGUGGCCCAAGGAGAAGUUUCAAUGGCUGGCGACCCUCGGAAGAUUACGUCGCUAUGGCAUGGACCUGUUCUUCCGCAUGGAACUGGAGUUGGAUCACCAGUUGGGCUCUAGCAAGUAUAUGCUUUCGUUUGGAUCGCCCAAAUUCGUUAUAAAUAGUUACUAUUCUGUGUGGGGUGGCGAGGACUGGUUGAUUCGUCGAGGUUUCAAUAGGACUAAAGCAGAACUUCUGUUCAGAGAUAUGAACAGACUGCGAAUAGGUGUACAGAACAUGCUUGGUUCUGAAGCAUACAGAAGACAACGAAUGACCCUUCAGCAACUGGAAAGUGAACACGGUUUCCCCGUCGGAAGAUAUCUCGAGAUCGUCUUCGGGCGUCCUUUCCCCCCAGAUUUCGAGGUGCUAGUGGACUAUCUAGAAUAUCUGACCAAUCUUCACAAACUAAUGAGCUCCUACGACCAAGAGACAGUGGCCACCUACCUGAUGGAGGUUUUUGUCAACUACAUGAGGGCAGAGGCGUUUCCCAUCAUUACCCAUAGGGAAUACGAUUUUCCGUGCGUCCGGUUUGUUUCUAACUCAAUGACGUCUGUAAGUUACUUUCUUUACAACACGCACUUCCUGGGUUACAAGAAAAUCGUGGAGUAUGAUGAGGAAAUUCAACGCAUUUUUGAAGCCGUUCGGGAACAGUUUAGCAAGAGACUAAAUACAAACCGCUUAAAUCUUACAAACUCUGAAGUAAAUACCCUUCGGGAGCUCCUGAGCUCUAUUACCGUAAACGUAGGCAAUGUGCCGAGAUUCCCGAGAUAUAGCCGGUACCUAACCGAUUUCUAUGUUAAUCUUCAACUGAAAAAUGAUGAUGAUUUCCCCACUAUUCAUAUGAAAGUUUCGGAGGUGCAAGAACAACUAAAAUUGCAGAAAUUUGUGAAGAUCGAGCUAAAUGAACCGUUUCCAAUGUUUUACGACAAUGCCGUUUUGGUGGGCAAUGGCACCUCUAUUGUAGUGCCCCUUCCCCUUCUGGAGGAACCCCUAUUUUCGACCCGUGGUCACGACGUUUUUAAGGUAUGUUUUUCCGGGAAUCAAAAAUCUCUGUUUCCCUAUCCGAAAUUACCCUCAUCCGGCUGCAAAAAGUUUAACGAAUUAGUUGAAACUUUUGAUGACCUGGGAAAGUACGUCGACAUUUCUAACAUCAGUCCACGGGAAUGUGAGAUGAGCAACUGGAGAGACAUAAUUUUAGUGCUACUAAAUAUGGUCCAAGAUGCCUACUUCUCUCCGGGAUCUGGAUUCGACCAGACGCAACCUACUUUCACUGACAAAUCUCUGAAACAGCUCUUUUAUCUACACUUUGCCCAAAAUCGACUUGAUAAGAACUUUUAUUAUAACUAUAACAUAAGAAAGACCCCCUUUAAUACGCUGCGCUACCUGCCAAGUUUUCGCGAGGCCUUUAACUGCUCUUCGUUAAAUUAA